ACCCACUGCGCAGCGGCGACACGAUUGUGCUAGUGGACAUUGAAUCGCGAGAGACCUUGCGCAUGUUAUUUUGGAUUGGCAUCUUGUACUAGUGGCUGUCCAAUUAUCGCAAAUAUGGUCAAAUCAUACCUCAAAUUCGAGCCCUCCAAGUCCUUCGGUGUCGUCGCAACCAGCUCCUCGAAUCUCGUCUGGACCUCCUCCAAAGACAAAUCUGGCACCGGUGCGGGCCAGGCUAUCGUCGCCGCCAACAAUGAGGUUCUAACUUGGGAUAUCAAGAAGGGCGAGCUUCUCAACCGCUGGAAGGACGAGAACUGCAAGGCCCAGGUCACUGCCAUCGCCCAGAGCAAGACCGAUCCCGACGUAUUCGCUGUCGGCUACGAAGACGGCAGCAUCAGGCUGUGGGAUAGCAAGAUCUCCACCACCAUUGUCAGCUUCAAUGGACACAAGUCGGCAAUCACGAUACUGGCCUUCGACAAGUCGGGAGUGCGCCUGGCCAGUGGCGCAAAGGAUACCGAUGUGAUCGUUUGGGAUUUGGUCGCCGAAGUCGGCCAGUACAAGCUACGAGGACACAAGGAUCAGAUCACAGGACUGCGAUUCAUCGAGCCCGAGCCGCAAAUACCCGAAGGCGGCGACGACGAAGAGCAGGCUAUGGUGCUGGACAACGAAGCGACAGAAGGUUUCCUCUUGACGACCGGCAAGGAUGCGCUCAUCAAGCUUUGGGAUCUUUCAUCACGGCAUUGUAUCGAGACCCAUGUGGCACAGAACAGCGGCGAGUGCUGGGCGCUUGGUGUUUCUCCCGACCUUAGUGGAUGCGUCACAGCUGGCAACGACGGCGAGAUGAGGGUAUGGGCUUUGGAUGUAGCAGGACUCGCUUCGUCAGCACGCAAGGUCGAUCUCUCGCAAGCAAUCAACUUCCUCCACGAUCGCGGCACACUACACCGUUCGAGCAAAGAAAGGGCCGUCGAGGUCAUCUUCCACCCCCGUCGCGACUAUUUUGCAGUACAUGGCGUCGAGAAGUCUGUCGAGAUUUGGAGGAUACGAAACGAAGCCGAAAUCAAGAAGAGCUUGGCGAGGAAGCGGAGAAGAAGAAGAGAGCUGGCUGCGAAGAAGGGCAAGAAGGAAGCAGACGCGGAAGAGGAAGACGACAAGGCCGAUGAUAUUUCAAAAGCAGACAUCUCCGACGUCUUCGUGCAGCAUGUUAUCGUGCGGACAACAGGCAAGGUUCGGUCGGUCGCUUGGGCCCUCAGUCAAGGAACCAAGGAUCUCCAGCUCCUUGUUGGAGGCACAAACAACCUGCUCGAGACAUAUACCAUUGUUGGAAAGGAUAAGCUCAAGUCCAAGGGUGAUGCGCCAGACUACAACAAGGCGCUUGCGGUGGAGCUUCCCGGACACCGAACAGACAUUCGUGCCCUCUCCAUCAGCUCAGACGACAAGAUGUUGGCUUCGGCAGCAAACGGCUCCCUCAAGAUCUGGAACAUCAAGACCAACACAUGCAUCCGGACAUUCGAGUGUGGCUACGCGCUCUGCUGUUCCUUCUUGCCUGGCGACAAGGUGGUCGUGGUCGGAACCAAGGAGGGCGAGCUUCAGCUUUACGAUGUUGCUUCGGCAUCUCUGUUAGAGAGCGUCAACGCUCACGAGGGCCAUGCCAUCUGGUCACUACAGGUUCACCCAGACGGCAAGUCCGUUGUUUCUGGCGGUGCUGACAAGACAGCCAAGUUCUGGGACUUCAAGAUCGUUCAGGAACAGGUUCUAGGCACGUCAAGGACAACCCCCAAGCUCAAGCUUGUCCAGUCCAAGAUUCUCAAGGUAUCAGACGAUAUCCUGAGUCUCAGGUUCUCCCCCGACGCGAAGUUGCUUGCUGUUGCCCUUCUCGACAGCACUGUCAAGGUCUUCUUCGUCGACUCUUUAAAGCUUUACCUCAACCUUUACGGUCACAAGCUGCCCGUUCUCAGCAUGGACAUCUCCUACGACAACAAGCUCAUUGUCACAAGUUCCGCCGACAAGAACAUCAGAAUCUGGGGUCUCGAUUUCGGUGACUGCCACAAGGCUCUCUUCGGUCACCAGGACUCCAUCCUCCAAGUUGCUUUUGUUCCUCACAACUCGGACGGCAACGGCCACCAUUUCUUCAGUGCCAGCAAGGACCGCACCAUCAAGUACUGGGAUGCCGACAAGUUCGAGCAGAUUCAGAGGAUCGACGGCCACCACGGCGAGAUCUGGGCCAUUGCCGUUGCUCACAGCGGCCAAUUCCUCAUCAGCGCUAGUCAUGACAAGAGUAUCCGCGUAUGGGAGGAGACGGACGAGCAGAUCUUCCUCGAAGAAGAGCGCGAGAAAGAGAUUGAGGAGCUGUACGAGAGUACGCUCACCACCUCGCUCGAGCAAGACCCCGACGCCGAGGACGAGAACCGCGAAGUCGGCGCUGCGUCCAAGCAGACGGUUGAGACGCUCAUGGCGGGUGAGCGCAUUGCCGAGGCGCUCGAACUCGGCAUGGCCGACCUCAACGCUAUCAAGGAGUGGGAGGAGGCCAAGCAGCAGAACCCCAACGUGGCGCCGCCGCAGCGCAACGUGCUUUUCAUGGCGCUCGGCAACAUCAGCGCCGAGCAGCAUGUCAUGAACGUGCUGCAGAAGAUCAAGGCGUCGGCGCUGCAUGAUGCUCUGCUCGUUUUGCCAUUCGCCACCGUCCCCAUGCUCUUCACCUUCCUCAACAUCUUUGCCAUGCGCUCCAUGAACAUCCCGCUUACUUGUAGAAUUCUGUUCUUCAUGCUCAAGACCCACCACAAGCAGAUCGUGGCGAGCAAGACGAUGCGCGCCAUGUUGGAUGGCAUUCGCACCAACUUGCGUGGUGCACUCAAGCGCCAGAAGGAUGAGAUGGGGUACAAUGUUGCGGCGCUCAAGGUCGUAGGCAUGCAGUUGCAGCAUAAGAGCGUGAAGGAUUAUGUUGAUGAGAAGUGGGAAGAGGAGAACGAGGAGAACAAGGCAGUUAAAAAGCGUGCUUUCGUGCAGGUUUCUUGAGCGUCGGAUGGUUGGGGUUGGCGAAGGAAACAAACGCCAGCAUGAUACAUGGGAGUGACCUACAGGUGGAGGAAGGGUAGUGUAGGUGGAAAGAGUAGAAGGGAUCUGGAAGAGAACAAAUCCGUUCCGCACAUAACACAACAUACAUAUGAUGUCUGACGUAGAGGAGAAAGGGGUGAACGGUGUUGAUACCGUUUCUCUUUCGUAAGGUAAAAUAGGGCAACGUUUCUCUUUUUUUUGGAGUUGGGGUCUAGUUAAAACGGCAUUGCAUAGUAUUCGUUACCCUUAUCUCCAAAUUGCUCUGUCUUGAAUCUCCCCCAUCAAAUUCUCCAUCUUAACUUCCGGA